AUGUCGUCGGCGGACUGGAGACUUCGAGGAGGAACCCUCUCUUCGCUUUCGCCGCCGCCGACCAAACCUCAUGUCACUCCUUACUCACGCCCCCCGCCAUUGAUGGUCAAGACGACAAAUUUCGAUGUCGUUAUUGCUGCUCUGUCUCUGUUAUCUCAUGCGAUACUUGUCUUCAAAGAGGGAGAAGAUCCGGAGACGUCGGUCCGCACCACCAGGCAAUGUCGUUUUCUCUGCAAACGAGUCUCAUCGUCGCCUCGUAGUGGUGCAGAAGAAGCCCUCAAGUACCAUCCCUCCUUAUAUAAGUCGAGGCUCUAA